AUGGUCUAUCUGCAUGCUGCAUUUUCCCACCACUAUGAUCACUUCUCUCCAUUUCUAAUGCCAUCACGUGCCAUUGCAGUGCCUCAAUUCCCUCAAACUUCAGCUCAGAAACCAUUAGGUUGGAAAGGGGCUUAUGAUCGUGCUGCGAUCAAGUUCCGUGGGGUUGAUGCGGACAUCAAUUUUAACGUUAGUGACUACGAUGAGGAUAUAAAGCAGGUUGUGAGUACUGAACACUGA